CCUGCCUCAGCCUCCCAGAGUCCUGGGAUUACAGACGUGAGCCACCAUGCCUGGCCUGCUCAACUUUUUAAUGAGACUCUCAUUCCAGGUGUACCUGGAGAUAGUAAACUGCAUGUAUACCUUUUCUAAACUUGUACUUGGCUGGGCGGUAGUUAAGACCCCCAGCUCAUCCCUGUUCCUGUCCUUGUAUGUUUCCCAAGAAAUUGCGUAGGUCCAUGCCCACAGAAGAAGACUCAGAGUCAGAGGAGGGAGCAGGGUCCCUGGGUGUGUGGAAUGGUCAAUGUGGUGCAGGGCCCAGAUUCCAGCCUGCUCUAGUCCUGCCUCAGGAAUCCCUCUAGGGUGCCCAGGCCUUUAUGGGUUGGUGUGGCCUCUUCUAUGUCCAGAGGACACCUGUAUUUUCUCCCUGGCUGUCCUGACUUAGUGCCUUAGCCCUCCUGUUGUUUAGGAAGCUAGAGAGCCCCCAAAGGGCCAACAGGAGAGCCUGGCUCACACAGAGCGGGAGGAGUGCUAAGGUCCUGCCAAUGCCUCCAUGGGACAGCCCAAUCCAGGUCUGCAGGGAAAGGGACUUCCCUUUGUCAGGCUUCAGGAGGGACCUAAAACCCAACAGGAUCUCCAGAAACCUGGCCCAGGGGGUGGGGAUAGGUCCUUGGGGGUUGCUGUGGGGCAGCUGGUCUGGCUUGGAGGAUAUUAGAGCUGGACCCUUCUCUGCCUGGCCCUGAAGUUUGGCCUGGAGAGAAGUCUCCUCCAAGGUAGCUCAGACUGCAGAGAUUGGCACCCUUAAGGAAUAGUUCCCCGUAUGUGUGAGAGACGUUGGACCAAAAGACACCACCAGCAUCAGGAGGAGUCCUAGGGAGAUAGAGGAGGCCAGGAAAUCAUUGCAUCUGUCCCCUCUUUCCUGGCAAGAAUUAGACAUAGCACGCUCACUUGGCUGCUGGUGCCCCCUGUGGUAGGCACUGCAGGGAGGUAACCCUGCCUCCCAGAACCACUGUCCAGUGGAAGCAGGAUGGACCUGCAUGGCUGUGGCCAUGGUUGACCUAGGCAGGACCUGAGAUCCUAUGGGUAUCUAGAAUGGGCCUAUCUGCCUUUUACACAAUGUGAGAUCUUGGGCAAGUGACUUCAUCUCUCUGGGCCUCAGUUUAUGCAUAUGAGAAAUGACAGAUUAAGUGACCUUUUAAGUCCUUUCCUCAGAUGGCUGCUGCUUCUGGACCGUAAAGGAGCCUAGAGUAGGAGGAGUCCUGUCAGGUGAGGUGGUUCGGAGAGACCAUGUGGAGCUGCACCUUCCCCAGAACCCUCCAGAUGGUAGCUUUGCCUUGCCUCUCAGAUGUGUCUGGCCUCCUGUAAGUUGUAUACCGUGCUGUCUUCGAGGGGGUGUUUCAUCAUGUGCUUUUCCCACUGGCUCCUGUGUAAUGUCUGUGUGCAGCAGUUGGAGCUCUGCCACACAGAUCAUGGGGCGGUGUUUUUACUCCUGUGCCCUCUGCCCCUGAGUCAGGCUUUUCUCCCUUGGAUUUUGGGCAAAGCUUCCUUGUGUGUCUUCACCCAAUUUUUUUUUCCUGUAGCCCCCCAGAAGAUGUGAUCAGCUGUCCAUUGUUACUGAGAGAUGGGAGUUUUAAAUUUUUCAACACCAAACAAGUACAGAAGUGUUAGAAAGCAAGCAACGGCCCUCCUCCUCUUCCACUUCACAGGGGUAAAACCUUGUUAACAGGUCGGUGGGUGCAUCUGCCAGACCUCUUCAUGCAUUUUAUAGUCACUUAAAAUGACGUGCAAAUUUACUCCCUUCUCUCUUUCUUUUUUUGUUUUUGUUUUUGUUUGCUGAAAUGGGAUCAUAUAAUAGAUAUCAUUUUGCAGGUUUUCAGUCUUAACGUCAUCUCUGUUAUCCCCAAAAAUUCAUAUUAUUCUUCUUUAGCAGUAGAGUAGUAAGAGAUACAGUUUCUUCAAGGUGUGAUAUGAAUGCCUGUGUCUGAGGGGUACCCACCUGCUUACAUAUACACACACACAGUGACAUCAGGCAUCUUGGUGGUUCAGGUGACUCAGCACCUGAACGAAGAUGAGAGCCCGUGCCAAGAAGAGGCCAGGUGCCCAGCUCUAAUGCCUGGCACAUGGGAGGCCCUGGCAGAUACUUACUGGGUGAAGGAAUGUACCAAAGUCACUGCAGGAUAGAGGUCGGGGAUGCCAGACUUGAAAACAGGUCUCUUUGAAUAUCUGUCUAUCUGUCUGUUUUUCUGUCUGUUUUUUUUGCUUUGGAAGGGAACAAAAUCCAUGAAGUCUGCCUGUUUCCUUUUGCUAACCUGGCAAUGCUGAAGGACCCCAGCAUCUGUGCAGUCAGUGUCUGAAGAUGAUCUGCCCAGGGCUGCCCCCUGAGGCGUCCUGGGGGAACUGUGUGUGGUGGGAUUUGUCCCUUCAGUCGCUUCGAGUUCUCUGCUGACCUUGACUCUUCAUGGCUUCAUGACUAGGACUUUGAUUUUUCCCUGAGGAAAACACAUACACAGAUCGUUUGUGUGUGCAGCCAUCUGUGUGUAUAAUCUCCUCCUUCCUUUACCAUAUUGCUUUCCUAGGGGCCAUCCCUGCAGGGUUAUCUAAAUACCAUUUCAGCUUUUGUCUUUUGGUUGGAUAGUGUUUGUGGUCUUAAAAUUUCCAGGAAAUAAUGCCUUUUCUACGAGAGGAAGAGAGGGGAUAGACGUGGAUGUGGUCACACAGCACGGCAGCUGCAUUUCCAGGUUCUUGGUGUGGCUGAGGUGGCCCUGCAUGGGUUUCUUUCUGUUCCCACCUGAGUCAGAUGUCAGCCCUGUGCAGCUCCAAGCCUGCUCGGUGCUGCAUGCCUGACCUGUGGCCCCUCGUCUCUUCUCUGUCUGUAGAUGUUGGAGACAGAACUUGGGCGAUGCCUCCAUGUGUUUGCCCAACCGUUAGACCUUCAUCUAGAGCAGCGCUGUUCAAAACGUUCCGUGUUGUCCAUUCAGUGUGGCAGUCAUUAGCCACAUGUGGCUUGGGGACACUUGAAAUGUGUGUAGUGCAACUGAGAAACUGAAAUUCACGUUUUAUUUUAUUGUAAUGAAUUUUAAUUUGAAUAGACAUCUGGCUAUGACUGCAUUGGCCAGGGCCCUGUGGUGAGAGCUGGGAUGCUGAAGACACCUUCCUCUGCCCCAGGAGCGCACAGACUGGGGUGAAACAGGAAGUGAGAGCCCCAGAUGCCCUGAUGGCUCCAGGAUGGGAUCUGUUGUUUCCAGUGGGCCGACUUGUUCUGGGUAAUCAGGGAAAGACGGAUGUCCAGGAAGGCAAGAGCACACCAGGCGGAGGGAACAAUAUCUGCAGAGACCCUGAGGAGGAGGAAAUCAGAGUCAUCCUCAUCGGAAGCGCAGGAGGAGGAGUCUGUGAGGAGGCUGGCGGGAAGCCGGGGUGGAUUCCUGCAGCUCUCCCUGUGUGCAGUGUAGGGGUUGAGGCUCCUCUUGGGGGAUAGUGGAAGCAUGUGUGAGAGAGGGGGAGGAAUUCCAAAUGAACAUUAGAAUUGUUUAAAGGAAAAUAAAACUCCUACCAAGAAGGCUGCAUUCAUUCACAUGGGAAUGGGCUGAGAGUGACGGGGUGAGGAGCGCUGCCUCCCUCAUGGCUGGAGGGUGGAAGGGCUGGGGAUAGGAAAUGAGAUGGGAGCGAGCUCAGAGGCAGGGCCCCGCCCCACUCCCGGUCAUUUGGAGUCGCACACUGUGGCUGUUUCCAGCUGCGCCCUGUCCCACAGGUUACAUCUAAAAGUCACAGCUUCAUAUUCUGGCGGCAGCUGGGGAAAUGAUUUCAAAGCCUGCUGGCAUGGAGCCAUUUUUUUUUCUUUAGCAAUUUCCCGGUUGGAAGUUGUUGAAAGGAAGUGGCAAGCGCUGCCUGAGCAGUUCUAGCUGGGAGAGGUGGGUGCUGCAGAGUCUGGGAUUCCAGGGUGAAAGCCACAGAUUCCCCUGAAUAAGCUCUUACUGCUGGUGGUUCCUGAACUGAAGAUGCAGGCAGAUCUGGGCAGGAGAGAGGGAGAUAUGAUGAUCACCUGCGAGCUGAUGGCAGGAUGAGGAUUCAAACCCAGGAGAUCCCCCACGACCUCACGCUGGAUGCCCUGCUGGAGAUGAACGAGGCCAAGGUGAAGGAGACGCUGCGGCGCUGCGGGGCCAGCGGGGAUGAGUGUGGUCGUCUGCAGUAUGCCCUCACCUGCCUGCGGAAGGUGACAGGCCUGGGAGGGGAACAUAAGGAGGACUCCAGUUGGAGUUCGUUGGAUGCACGGCGGGAAAGUGGCUCGGGGCCUUCCACGGACACUCUCUCACCAGCCAGCCUGCCCUGGCCCCUGGGGAGCUCCCAGCUGGGCAGAGCAGGCAACAGUGCCCAGGGCCCACGCUCCGUCUCCGUGUCAGCUCUGCCUGCCUCAGACUCCCCCACCCCCAGCUUCAGUGAGGGCCUCUCGGAUACCUGUAUUCCCCUGCAUGCCAGUGGCCGGCUGACCCCGCGUGCCCUGCACAGCUUCAUCACCCCGCCCACCACACCCCAGCUGCGACGGCACACCAAGCUGAAGCCACCGCGGACGCCCCCGCCACCCAGCCGCAAGGUCUUCCAGCUACUGCCCAGCUUCCCCACGCUCACCCGGAGUAAGUCCCACGAGUCUCAGCUGGGGAACCGCAUUGACGAGGUCUCCUCGAUGAGGUUUGAUCUCUCGCAUGGAUCCCCACAGAUGGUACGGAGGGAUAUCGGGCUGUCGGUUACACACAGGUUCUCCACCAAGUCCUGGCUGUCGCAGGUCUGCCACGUGUGCCAGAAGAGUAUGAUAUUUGGAGUGAAGUGCAAGCAUUGCAGGUUGAAGUGUCACAACAAAUGUACCAAAGAAGCCCCUGCCUGUAGAAUAUCCUUCCUGCCAUUAACUCGGCUUCGGAGGACAGAAUCUGUCCCCUCGGACAUCAACAACCCGGUGGACAGAGCAGCCGAACCCCAUUUUGGAACCCUUCCCAAAGCACUGACAAAGAAGGAGCACCCUCCAGCCAUGAAUCACCUGGACUCCAGCAGCAACCCUUCCUCCACCACCUCCUCCACACCCUCCUCGCCGGCGCCCUUCCCAACAUCAUCCAACCCAUCCAGCGCCACCACGCCCCCCAACCCCUCACCUGGCCAGCGGGACAGCAGGUUCAACUUCCCAGCUGCCUACUUCAUUCAUCAUAGACAGCAGUUUAUCUUUCCAGACAUUUCGGCGUUUGCACAGGCAGCCCCGCUCCCUGAAGCUGCCGACGGUACCCGGCUUGACAACCAGCCGAAAGCAGACGUGUUGGAGGCUCACGAAGCGGAGGCUGAGGAGCCAGAGGCUGGCAAGUCAGAGGCAGAAGACGACGAGGACGAGGUGGACGACUUGCCAAGCUCUCGCCGGCCCUGGCGGGGCCCCAUCUCUCGCAAGGCCAGCCAGACCAGCGUGUACCUGCAGGAGUGGGACAUCCCCUUCGAGCAGGUAGAGCUGGGUGAGCCCAUCGGGCAGGGCCGCUGGGGCCGGGUGCACCGCGGCCGCUGGCAUGGCGAGGUGGCCAUUCGCCUGCUGGAGAUGGACGGCCACAACCAGGACCACCUGAAGCUCUUCAAGAAAGAGGUGAUGAACUACCGGCAGACGCGGCACGAGAACGUGGUGCUCUUCAUGGGGGCCUGCAUGAACCCGCCCCACCUGGCCAUUAUCACCAGCUUCUGCAAGGGGCGGACGUUGCACUCAUUUGUGAGGGACCCCAAGACGUCUCUGGACAUCAACAAGACGAGGCAAAUCGCUCAGGAGAUCAUCAAGGGCAUGGGAUAUCUUCAUGCCAAGGGCAUCGUACACAAAGAUCUCAAAUCUAAGAAUGUCUUCUAUGACAAUGGCAAGGUGGUCAUCACAGACUUCGGGCUGUUUGGGAUCUCGGGCGUGGUCCGAGAGGGACGGCGUGAGAACCAGCUAAAGCUGUCCCACGACUGGCUGUGCUAUCUGGCCCCUGAGAUCGUACGCGAGAUGACCCCUGGGAAGGACGAGGAUCAGCUGCCGUUCUCCAAAGCUGCUGAUGUCUAUGCGUUUGGAACUGUUUGGUAUGAGCUGCAAGCAAGAGACUGGCCCUUGAAGAACCAGGCUGCGGAGGCAUCCAUCUGGCAGAUUGGAAGCGGGGAAGGAAUGAAGCGUGUCCUGGCUUCUGUCAGCCUGGGGAAGGAAGUCAGUGAGAUCCUGUCGGCCUGCUGGGCUUUCAACCUGCAGGAGAGACCCAGCUUCAGCCUGCUGAUGGACAUGCUGGAGAAACUUCCCAAGCUGAACCGGCGGCUCUCGCACCCUGGACACUUCUGGAAGUCAGCUGAGGAACUGGACGAGAGGACCCAGGGUCUCCUGCAUUGUACAACAGGACUCGGGUGUCUAUGGGCAUCACUGACUGCCCUGCCGAGGCCCUCUGUGCUGAAGGCGUCACUGCAGAUGGAAGGAUUCCUUGAGGAACUCUACUACUGGCAAAGGAACAUAAUGGUGAUGGAGAGUGCAGAUAACACACAUGGCCUCAGUCUAUGGGAGCAUCUCAAAGGAAUUCGUCUGCAAAUUCUAGUGCAUCUAGGCAGAGCACAGGAAGGAAGAGAGGUGCAGACUCACGUAUGGCCCUGGGGUACCUGCCAUCCCCUUGAGCCUGUACAGCUCUUACCCGCCCAGCCCCAGCUUGAGUUCUGGGCCUUCUCGCCAGCACAUCACUGGGACCUGGUCAACUUCAGGUCAGUUUAUUUCAUGGCUCCCUCCCCCCUCUGCAGCCUAUCCUGUUAUUCUCUGUUUCGGCCAAUUAUUUCCCCUAACUAGGUGCUGAAGUCAAACAAAGGCAGUUCAUGCCAUAUGUCCCUUUCCAGCCCCGUGUCACUUGAAAUGUUCUAUUAUGUCCAAGACUUCUCUCCCCAUCCUAAAGCGCAGAAAAUAAAGAUAGAGAAGAGCAGGAGAAGAAAGAGAGAUUCACUGAGAGGGAGGAUCAGAAGCUCCUGGGCACCCCAUACUCUAGAAUAAAAAUCUUCAUUAUGGUGUUUUUCUUGGAAAAUAUUCCCCUCUACGUAAUUAUGUUUUUACAUGAAUAAUAUAAAUGUAAAGAGGAGAAACACUUUUUGAAGAGUCUGAGAAUCUUCAUAUAGCUCAGGCUACCACGAAUUAGCUGUGCAA